AUGGGGGCGCAGAAAGGACGGAGGGAGACGAGCCAGAAAGAGAUACUAGAAGAGUUCAAUGGCAGUGCAGAAGAUCCGGUGUUCCACCGCUCUGGACACAGCGGCCAGCUGCUGCGCCAGAACCAGGAUAUAAUACAUAUCAGCUCUUUUACUUGUUUCUCAGUUGAAGCCGUCAACGACAAUGCAUCUCGCUCAUUCGCUUUCUAUAUUCUAUCCACCGCGAUGCUACUAUCAUCCGACACCCUUGUCGGCAAUCGGGCCUCGUCGAGAGAGGCCGCCCUCGUCCCAGCUCCAUGGUUCUCUUGCAAGUGCAUCUAUCUGCACCAUGGCCGAUGCGAUCCGGGAGUGGCCGAGGCCGAAGAUGAGGGCAGCCCACGUCAUUUUCCUGAUUCUGCCUAG